AUGCAAAGCUCUAGAGCAACACCGACUCCAUCUACGACUUAUAGUGGCCGACAGUUGACACAGGCGGACAUUAACGAGUACCGACAAAUAUUUGAAGCUGCUCGCCAGUCACGUCCGAUUUCUCCGUUGCUUCCUCCCUCGCCCCCGUCCAGCUCUGCUCCAGAGACAGAAACUAGCCCAGACUCGCUAUCCAGCUAUUUGAAGCGCAAAAAUGACGACUCAAUGUCCGUUGACAUCUCCAUGUCCCCGAAUAAACGACAAAGGCUCGGGGAAUACCAAGUACCGAUUCGCGGGAAGCGAAAGCCACAACUACCCCACCAGGAGAUUAGUCAUAUUCAUACAAAACGUGCGACAGAUCUUAAGCACGCUGGAGACGCGGACUCCCAGGUCAUGAAGUCUUCCAAAGGUGCACAAUUAUACGCUCAAUCAAUUCUGAACUAUGCAUUUGGCUUCUUCUUCAAUCGUCCACCGGCGUGGAAGUCUCUUUCUCGUGUUCUUCACGUAACAAUAGAACGUUUCAACAGCCUGGCGAGCAAAGAGCCGAGCCCAAAGCUCGACGUCUUUUUGUCCUAUCUUCAUUUCCUUCAAUACGCGAUGGAAAUACAGAUUGACCGCGAGUAUAUCAGCCGAAUACGGACUGAAUUCGAUAACCAGCUCCGAUACGCGCCCAAUCAACACCUACAAUCACCUGUUCCACAGAGUUCGAACCCGACAUCGAAUCCGACUCCUGAAAGCACAAGGCCGACCAAUUCGUCCGACACCAACACUCCGAUUAUAAGGGCUACCAGUGCGUCGGACGGAUUAGCAUUAGCAGAUCUGCGAAGGACGCCGGAAUCUCGUUUCACUCUCAACUGGGAUGACACUAGGAGGUUACGGGAUAUACUCGCCCGCAGUCGCGGCAGCAGUCACAACCAAAAUAUCCGGCGCCGAAACAUCAACCAUCUCACCCCUGCAUCCAUCCGAGCUCACUUUCCACGGACAUUUAUGCGUGCAUUCGGCGAGUAUGGGGUUGGCCAUGCACCUCUUGCAUCUUCGAGCGACCAAGAGAGGACGGGCCCUCUAGAUCUCUGGGAAGACAAUGCAAUAUCCGAUCUUGAAGCAAACGAAGAGGAAGGAGGUGACUUUCCCUAUCCCCACCAACCAGAGGAUAUCCUCUGGGUUAUCAUUCUGGGCCGUGCGCUCCUGGCCGAGCUUGAUUAG